ACACCAGAGAGGAAGUUCAAUAUCGUCUGAGUGGGACGGAUGUGACAAAGCAUGUGACCUCCCUGCAGCCUCCACCUCCUUCCAGAAACAGAGGAAACCGCUGUGAGCAGAGGAAUGAGGUCCUCACUCAUGUUCGGCCUGAGUCGUUGAUGUCGGCCAGCGGGACGUAGGAGUAGCCACCGCGCUGGUUUGGACCCGAGCCGCGACAGGCCUGCACCAGGUGAACCAGCAGGCUGAACGACAGCAGAGUGGCCAAGUUGAACCACAGGUACGGCCGAUCCACUACAGACAGAUGGAACCAGGACAACACAGGGACUGAUUCAUUCCAGAAGACUUAGAUCUGCUAGGUGUUCAGAAACACCCACUGCUGGACCUGGAUUUACUGGACCUGGAUAUAGUGGACCUGAUCUGGGCUAAGGAUUCUGACCCUGUUGAUCAGAACUAUCCUGGUUCAACAUGAAUUUGUUCCUAAUUAAAACUGGGGCAGGGAUUCUGCUGUUGUUUCUGCUGCUGGGAAUGUUGUACAGCUCAGUGUGGCAGCCCUGCAGGCUGCCGCCCGGGUCGCCUGUGCCAGGAGCCGCCCCUGGUCGUACUGACGUGCAGACGCUGACACCCUGGUUGGCUCCAGUGGUUUGGGAGGGAACCUUCGACCCGGUUGUCCUCGACAGCAUCUACCAGGCGAAGAACAUCACCAUCGCAGCCACGGUGUUCGCCCAGGGAAAGUACAUCAGGUUCUUGAAAAAGUUUCUGGAGACCAUGGAGCAGCACUUCUUCACUGGUUUCAAUGUGCAUGUGUUCGUCUACACUGACCAGCCAAACGAGGUGCCCCAUGUCAAAAUGGCCAGCGGCAGACAGCUGACGGUGAAAACAGUGCCCACCGUUAACCGUUGGCAGGAUAUCAGUGCCAGCAGGAUGGUUCUGGUCCUGGCCCUAAUAGAGGAUGAGCUUCAUGACUACGCCGACUUCAUCUUCUGCCUGGAUGUGGACUCCCAGUUCCACGGCCGAUGGGGCACGGAGUCACUGGGAGAUCUGGUCGGUGUGCUCCAUCCAGGCUACUACAAAGUCGACCGCAGCGCAUUCCCCUAUGAAAGGCGGCCUAUCUCAAAAGCCUACAUGGCUCCUGGGGACGGGGACUUCUACUACUGUGGGGGGGCAUUCGGAGGCCUCCUGCAGGAAGUACACCGGCUUACCAAAACCUGCUCCACCAACUUUGGGGAUGAUGCUACAAAAGGCAUCGAGGCAGCCUGGCAGGAGGAGAGUCACAUCAACAGGUAUUUGUGGAUCAAUAAGCCCAGUAAGGUUCUGUCCCCUGAGUACCUGUGGCAAGACUUUAAACCCCGCGAGCCUGAACUUCACAUCAUCAGGUUCUCUGGAGUUGUGAAGAACUACGCAGAGAUCCGACCCAAUGUCUGAGAGAACCCAGCUGCACCAGACGGACUCUGAGAUUCAGCUACGUAGUCCUGGCUCCUUUUCUGUUUCAGAAAAACACUCAGAAAUACUUUCUCUGUCUUACACAUGAUGAGAUGACCCAGGGAAUAAAUCUUAUAAAAUUCGCAUAUUUACAGCAGUUCUUUACUUUUAUAAUUUUUAUAUUAUUCGGCUGGCACUGGGCAAUUGGUUAUUUAUACUCUGCUUUAUAUAAAUGCAUUCAGCAGGUAAUUGCUGAAUGAGAGAAUUAGCAACUUUACUGGGAUAGAAGGUUGGAACUCAAUGAUCAGAGUUUCAAAUGUUAACGUUGCUUUUGAAAUUAAUUUCACAUCUAAUUGAAAUCAAUUGAGCUCUACCUUGAAUUUUGAUUGUGCAAUUUUACGUUACUCCACUAAUCAAACUGAAAUUUAGUGUAGACUGAAUUACUCUUAGAAUAAAGUUGACAUUGAAAGUUUGAAUUAAGGUUGUUGAAGUCUAAACUAAUAAGUUACUUCAACUUGAAGUGGAUUUAACAGAAUAAGAACAUAAUUGAAUAUUAACUCUCUUAACUGAAUAUAAGUUGAGAAGUAAAGAUUUUAAGUUAUUUCAAUUAAGAAUUGGAAGUAAUAUCCACCCUGAGGGAAGUAAACAACCCCCAUUUUGAGCACCCUGAUUUACAUAGACAUCCACACUCUUUGUUUAGUUAGUACGUUUAGUAAUUUGUGUUUUUAUACUUUAUAAUGUUCAUAAUAAAUGUUUUUCUUUCACAAAU